AUGGAGACUCACAACAUUCUUAGCUGGAAUGUUAGAGGUAUUAAUAAAAGAGAGAAACAGAAAUCUCUGAGUUCUUUUUGUUUUGUGAAAAAAAUUGGUCCAGGUGCCUUGUUGGAGACUAAACUUCGUGGUAAUAAAAUUGAGAAAAUGAUGCAAUCUUUUUUCAUUGGCUGGAACUAUUUCACUCGUGCAGCUUCAGAAGGUCGAUUGCUUCUUAUUUGGCAGCAAAAUUUAGUGUCUGUUGAAGUUUUAAAGGAGACUGAUCAGUUACUUCAUGUCUGUGUUAAAGGCUUAAGGACUAAUAAGUUGUUUUGUGUUACAUUUGUGUAUGGUAGAAAUUCGAUUGAGGAAAGAGUGCCUCUUUGGAGCGAUCUGUCCAGUCUUUGUUUCCCAGCCACCCCUUGGCUGUUGGCUGGGGAUUUUAAUGCAGUUUUUGAGGGUACAGACAGAAUUGGUGGACGCACCAUUACUUCCCUUGAGUUAGCUGAUUCUCAAAAUUGGAGGGCCUUGGGUUUAGUUGAUGAGUUGCGCGCUAGAGGGUCUCAUUAUACUUGGAAAAAUAAACAGGCCAAUGAAGAUAGAAUCUAUUCGAAAUUAGACAGAGUCUUUAAAAAUGAAGAAUGGUUGGACCUUUUUCCUCAAGCUAAGGCUGUGUUCAACUGGGAAUUGCUCUCUGACCACUGUUACUGCAUUAUCAAACCAGAAGCUACUGUUAACUGUGGUAUUAAGCUGUUUAGAUUCUUCAAUAUGUGGACUGAACAUGAAAAAUUUAAACAUACUGUCUUGCAAAGCUGGUGCAAGCCUAGCAAAGGGUUUGGGCUGGAUCGAAUUUGUAGGAAACUUAGCAGACUUCAGACAGUUCUUCGCAAGUUCAAUAAGCAUGUUAUGAGAGAUGUUGCUCAGAAUUAUGUUUUGGCUAAGGAGAAGUUUCAGGCUGCCCAAAUGACUCUUCAGAGUAAUCCUCACUCGACAGAACUUCAAAGAGUAGAAGGUGCACCAAGUGAUAAUUUUUCUUAUCAUGCUAGAACUUAUGAGAGCUUCCUGAGAAAGAAAAGCAAAGUGGACUGGCUUCGUUAUGGUGAUGACAACACGACAUAUUUUCACGCAUGUUUAAAACAAAGAAAAGCCUCUAAUUGUAUCACUUCAGUAGUGACAGAAUCUGGACAGAUAAUUGAGAAAUUUGAUGAUGUUGUGGAACACUUUGUGAUUCAUUUUCAUAAAAUCAUGGGAAGCAAAAGCAAUGCCUCGAGUCCAAUUCAGAGUUCCUGUUUUAAUCUUGGUCAUAAACUGACUUUGGACCAGCAGAUCAGUUUAGUGAGGCCUUUCACUACUAAGGAAGUUAAAGACGCUUUGUUUAGUAUUAACUCCAUUAAAAGUCCGGGCCCGGAUGGGUAUGGCUCAGGUUUUUUCAAAGCAAUGUGGAGCGAUUUAGAAGCUGAAAUCUCAUAA